AUGUUCAGCGAUCUACCUGUUGAAUUACUGCAAUGUAUUUUUAUGUUACUUUCUCCUUGUACUGAUUUACUCACAGUACUCAAUGUCUGCAGACGAUGGAGAGAGGUUGGUCAGAGCGUCUUCAAGAUGCGUGAAAGUCUUACUCUAUCUGCAUUUAAAAUGCAGAGGCCAUUGCAAUGGGUAUCUCCACAACAAACUACUUGUACAGAACGCUUCAAACACACAUCCCCAUCCAAGAGGUUUGGAGCAGCUAUCCUAUUGAAAGAGCAGUUACUGUAUGUCUUUGGUGGUGCUACAAAGGAACUAACAGCCUUCAAUGAUUUAUGGACAUAUGAUUUAUGCACCUUCAGCUGGCAGCGUCUGAUUGGUAAAGGUGAGCUACCAACGCCAAGAGCACAUGCUAAAGGUGGUUUUAUUGGAAAUCUACUUUAUCUGUACGGAGGUUGUCAAAGCUUUCAUAGAGCUGGAUCGGAGCAUACGGGCCGUAUGGAUUGGUUAACUGAAUUAAAUAGUUUUAAUAUUUCGACAAUGCAUUGGUCACGUGUGCCGUUAUACGAAGUAAACCACUUAAGUCCUGUAUCACCACCUGCAAUUGCCGGGCAAUCUGGAUGUUUUCUCCCUAAAGGUGGAGUAGGCGAACCUAGUGUAUUGGUUUUAUUUGGAGGAAUGUGUCAGUCUCUUGGAUUGUGCGUUAACUACUUAUUUGUCAUAUCUCCAGAAAAUGGUUGUUGGAUUUCACUUACUGAUACAACGGAUAAUUGUCAAGGUGACUGGCCAUCUGGGCGCUGUGGUCAUUCAACUUGCGCUCUUGAUUCAAAUAGAAUGCUUUUGUUAUUUGGGAAUUUGGAAUCACCUUUGGCCAUUGAUCACUCUGUGCGUCGACAACAAGGAAUGUCAGUUAAUCCUAAUUCAAAUAAUGAUUCUGAAUCAACUUCUAGUACGCCCAACUAUCAUGGUCGACCGGCGAGAGAUAUAUGGAUACUUACUCGUUGUUCACCGAAUAUUGGUCAAAAAUGGUUUGAAGUAAAUUGGUUCUGGACCAAAGUUCAAUGUUCCGAGGGUAUCCCUGGAUGCCCACCGAUAGACUUUUAUCAUGCAACCGCAGUUUCACUUCCAUAUCUCGAAGAGAAUAAGUCACAGUUGUUGACAAAAGACAGUAAUUUUAUCUCUGUACCGAGUGACAACGUUGGUACAAACCACUCAGUUGUACACAAUGUCUAUACUGUUGUUGUCAUCAGUCAACCUACUACAGCAUUGUUGGACGAGGCAGCUAAACAGCGCAGAUAUUGGAGUCGCAUGAAACUGAACUCCGAGUUAAACAGUAUAACUUUUCAAAAUAAUUCGGCAGGUCAAGAUUCUCGUACGUCAGAUGAUGAUGCUAAUGACGAGGAUGAGGAGCAGCGUAAACACUCUCAUUCAGCUGAUAUCACUGAUCGUGAAUCGACUGGGAUCCUGCAACUUCCGUCAUCUAGGCGUGCAAAUAACAGACGUGCACGAAGACUUGAAGCUUUAGCUAUUCAAGAACGAAGGCUGUUUGGAUCACGUAACCUGAUUCCUAAUGGGGCUAAUGCAUCAUCAUUUGCUCGAUCGUUUUCAUCAAAUCAAAGUUCAUCCACUCAUAACCAGUAUCCUUCUAACCAUGUAAAACUUGAAUGUGCUUAUCGUCCUUUGGCUCUGUAUACACUCAACAUUAUAUACUCCCAUUCUGAUGUCUUAUAUAAUUCUGCAACUAAAAUCCACUUCACCGGAAAUAAAGCUAAAGGUGAUUGGUUGGUACCUGUCAAACAAAGUUAUGUAGAUCUUUAUUUCGCACCACCUGAAUGCUUAGGUUUUUCAUGUGCUUUUGGUCAUGGUUGUUUAUUUCUUUUUGGUGGUUUGACUGACUCAGAUGAUGUUAGACCAAAUGAAAAUGUAAAUACAUUUCAACCAUUAAUUAAUGGAUCGCAAAAUCGUAAUGAUAAUGAUCUGUAUCAACGACACAAUAAUUCAUCUACUUUCCAAUCGUCCAGGUCUUCAGUAUUAAAUGGAUCACUUACACAAGGACAUCUUGCUCCUUGCGUAAAUCAUUCACCAGAUACAAUUUAUCCCUAUCCUCCAGGUACCGCUCAGUUUUUUGUUCUUCGCGCACGUGCACUUGCUGGUACUAUAAUUUAA